GGGAAUUCUAAAUAAAGUUUUUUUUUUUUUAGCAUUCAGCUGCUGCAUCAUAAACAAACAUGGCGGCGGACUGAAAGCAGCGGCGGACGCUCUGUGACGCUGUUUUAAUUAAGAGGACGGGUUUUUAAUGUUAGAACUGGUUCGGUUGGUUUCGUAGCGGAUCAGGAUGGAGCCUGGCCCGUUUCCAGAGGAGGUUCCGGACAGGAAAGUGCGAGUGGUCGGUUCCGAGCUGGUUGAGAGCUACACGGUUUACAUCAUCGAUGUUACAGACGGUCUGCAUAAGUGGACUGUGAAGCACCGCUACAGCGACUUCUAUGACCUCCAUGAGAAGCUGACAGCAGAGAAGAAGGUGGACCGGCGUCUACUUCCUCCUAAGAAGAUUUUAGGAAAGAACUCAAAGAGUUUGGUGGAGCGGAGGCAGAAGGAGCUGGAGCUCUACUUACAAACGCUGCUUCAGCAGUUUCCAGAGGCCACGCCCACCCCUCUCGCCUGCUUCCUGCACUUCCACCUCUAUGAGAUUAACGGCAUCACAGCGGCUCUGGCUGAGGAGCUUUUCCAUAAAGGAGAGCAGCUUCUGCAGGCAGGAGAGGUGUUUACCCUUCGCCCUCUGCAGCUUUACUCCGUCACUCAGCAGCUCCGACUGGCCAAGCCCACCUGCUUCACCGGAGACGCCAAAACGGACCUGGGUCACAUCCUGGACUUCACCUGCAGGCUGCGCUACCUCAAGAUUUCAGGGACCAGAGGUCCGGUUGGAACCAGUAACAUCCAGGAGAAUAGCCUCUCCUUCGACCUGUCUGUUUUCAAAUCACUGCUGCAGAUUGAGAUCAGCGACUGCAUCGCGCAGCGGGUUCAAGGUCUGCCGUCUCUGAGAUCCACCCUGGCUACUCUCAGCAUCCACCGCUCCACAGAGUCCAUGAUGUCCGUCCUCGUCCCGGAGGCCAGCGAGUUCCCGCAGUGGGAGCCUGAGGGGGUGGAGUCUGGGUGUCCGGUCACCGCCGUGGUUCCUGUGUGGAGACAGCUGACCACCCUGGACAUGAGCCACAACUGCAUAAGCACCAUCGACGACUCUGUGAAGCUGAUCCCUAAGGUGGAGUUCUUGGAUCUGAGCUACAACCAGCUGUCGUCUGUGGAGAAUCUGCAGCACCUCUACAACCUGGUCCACGUGGACCUGUCCUAUAACAGCCUCCGGAGCCUGGAAGCAGCUCACACUCGUCUGGGGAACAUCAAAACCCUGAGCCUGGCUGGGAACCAGCUGGAGAAACUGAUGGGCCUCUCAAAGCUCUACUCUCUGGUCAACCUGGACCUCAGCCACAACCAGCUGGCCCAGUUGGAGGAAAUCAGGAACAUCGGCGCUCUGCCGUGCCUGGAGAAACUCAACCUUUCCAGUAACCCCAUUUGCAUCAUCCCAGACUACAGAACCAAAGUCCUGGCCCAGUUUGGAGACCGGGCAGCAGAGGUUUGCUUGGACUGUAAAGUGACGACAGAGAAGGAGCUGGACACAGUAGAAGUGCUGAAAGCCAUUCAGAAAGCCAAAGAGGCCAAAGACCGCAUGAGCCACAACGACAAGAAGAUCAGUGAAGACACCAAGCCGUCUGCUGCUCCUUCCUCCUCCUCCUCUUCGUCCUGUCCGGCCCAGCAGUCUGCCUGCCCCAGCCAAGAAAUGACGAACAGAGAAGACGCCCCCCAACCCCCCGCCGCUCCCCCCCCUGUGGACGCUGCACUCCCCCCUCAAAGCUCAAACACAAACACACACCUCCUGUCUGCUCAACCUGCUCAGGUAAAACUUUCUGCAUUCAUUCCGUCUCAACAACCAACGUCUUCAUCUGCAGCCAUCUGCUGUAUCUGCUCCGCUUCCUUCUCCAGUCACCAGGACGUAAGCUGUUCCUCCUGCAGCGCCAUCUGGUGUCCUCUGCUCCCAUCUCCUCUCUCCUCGCUGUCCUCUAACUUGGACUUCAUUAACCGGCUGUCGCAGUGGCUCAGUUUGGCCUCCAGGGAGCAGAAGACGAGGAGAGGAGAAGGAGGAGUGGAGGAAGAGGAGCAGAGGUCUGAUCCCAGAGACCAUCAGUCUCAUGUGGAGGGUACCGAUGUCGGCAGUCGCAGUCCGAGCUCCAGGGACGGCUACUUUGAGAUGGGUCUGGACGAUUCUGGAGAGGAGCUACUGUGCUCCUCUCCCCCUGCUCCGGUUGCAGAGGGGGAGGAGCCUGGCGGCCGCCUUGAGCUGCCCUGUGAGGAGAGGGCGGCGCUUCAGAUCCAAAGAGUUCUAUGGUGCUGUUGUGUUCUGGUCAGUGGAGAGGUGGAGCAGAGGGAGGCGUGUCUGGUGCUGACAGACCAGCUGUUCGGGCUGCUCCGCUGGUCACAUGACUCCCUGUCGGCCAAUCAGGAGAGAGACCAGCAGCAGAACCCACUUGUGGACCAGUUCCUGGCGGGCCUUCAGGUGGACCUCCUGACGCCGUACUGCCAGGUCCAGCUGACCUCCCAGGCUGAGCUCCCUGACUCCUGUCUCUCCUUUGGAAUGAAAGCGGGUCAGAGCCGCUGGUUCAUCUUCUCUGAGGCCGAAGAGGUCCGACGGACCAGAACCGAGCUUUGUGCGCUGCUCAAGGACGCUCAGAACCUCCCGGAGCCCCUCGAUGCUCCUCAACUCCUUCCUCCUUCUCUUAUCAGCUCUUGGGAGGUGGAGGAGAGUCGGGGAGCUCGGGGAGGAUAUCCCGCCCACAUCCUUUGCUCCUCUUCCUCCUCUUCCUCAGACGCUCUCCACCUCUUGUCAGAUGAUCCCAGCCUCCUCUCGCUCCUCUUCGUCACACACAGACACCUCUGGGUGCUCAGGAUGGAUUUCAGAGAACUGUCUAAAAAAGAGAGUCCUAAACCCCACCAGUCCUCUUCCUCCUCCUGGUGCGGGCUUGUGCGUGUGUCCCUCGGCUCGGUGCUUCUUCACCCCAAAGAGAGAGAUGCUCAGCUGGGAGAUGGAACCAACCGCGUCUCCUGUCCUGACCCACGGCACGGCCAAAGGACUCUGCAUUCAGUGGAUCUGCUGGUUGCUGGUCAGGAGCUGCUGCUGCUCUUCCUUCUGCCCCAAGACAGGAGCUCCUUCCUGGGGGAGCUGAGCCAAAGAAGGGCUUCUCUGGAGGGGCUGAAGAUGGUGGCCCUGCCCCGGCCGUGUGGGCCCUGUCCGGCUGGGGGUGGACCAGGCUGCUGCAGAUCCAAGGAUCCCUGCUGCUGCCUCAGCGACAGAAAGCUUCACAGCUCCAGCAGUUGGGACCCGUUCAAGCUCCAAACUGAGGACAACCAGCCGUCUCCCCACCUGGUUCCAGGUCUCUCACCUGGACUGAAGCUCCUGGCCGGACUCACAGGAGAGCAGCUGCCCACCUACUUCAGCAGAUAUAUAGCUCUGUCCAGGGGGGAGGACCUGAGACACGUCCUGUGGCUCUCUGUGGUUCUCUAUAAGGCUCCAGAAACCGAGCUGACCUGCUGUCUGCUACUCUCUACGGACGCCAUCUACUUCCUGCUGGAGGACUCUGCCACCGCUCUGGGGAACCACUCAGCGAUGGACUCAUCGAUCUCUGGAGACCCGGAGACAAAUCUCUGCUGCUGCCUGAGCAUCAGACUCUCUGAGCUGCAGGCUGUCAACGUUGGACUGUUUGACCAGUACUUCAGAGUUGUAGGACGCUCGGCUGACCAGAUCGUCUGCUGCCUCAGCAGGGACAGCUACGGGACGAGUGUCUUCCUGCAGGAGCUGAUGUCUGCUCUCAGCCUGCAGCAGCAGCUCCCUCCACCGGAGCCUUCGGAUCAGGACUUCUACUCCCAGUUCACCGACACAAACGCGGGUAAGAUGCAGAACUACGAGCUGAUCCACAGCAGCAAGGUGAAGUUCAUUUAUCCCAGCGAGGAGGAGAUGGGAGACCUGACCUUCAUCGUGGCUGAGAGGAAGACUUCAGGCAGCACGGCCUCUUCAUCCUCCAGCUCCUGCAGCAUCCUGCUCUACCUGCUGGUCUUUCAGGUCCAGAUCCCCAGCCAAUGUUCUGCCACCGCUGUCUGUUCUCCGGUCCUCCAGCCGAGGACUCUGAUCCUCACCAGCACUGACGUCUUCCUGCUGGACGAGGACUACGUCAGCUAUCCUCUGCCAGACUUCGCCAAGGAGCCUCCGUCCAGGGAGCGCUACCAGCUCUGUGAGGCGCGGCGGAUCCGGGAUCUGGACCGGGUCUUACUGGGAUACCAGACCUACCCUCAGGCUCUGACCCUGGUCUUCGACGACCUGCCGGGCCCCGACCUGCUCUGCCACCUCACCAUGGACCACUUUGCUGCCACAGGAGAAGAGGCUCCGCCCACAGGGGGGGCGGCCAGCCGCGGGGCCGAGGGGGAGGUGCAGUGGUGCGUCUUCGUACCCGGAGCCGACAGCAGAGAGAGGCUGAUCUCGCUCCUCGCCCGUCAGUGGGAGGCACUGUGCAGCCGGGAGCUUCCUGUGGAGCUCACUGGCUGAUUGGAUGAUGAGGGAGCAGCUGGACGCACUGAUUAGAUUCAAGGCAUUUUAAGGCCUUCGCACAAAUAUCUGCAGCUGGAAAGCAUGGUGGAUUCAGAACGGAAAGUUUUUAAAAAAGAAAAAUAAACUGGUGUUGCGCUACAGGGGGCGCUGCAGCAUGUCCACAGGGAGAUUAACCUUACAUAACCUUUAAAGAACUGAGCUCUGCACAAA